AUGACCCAGUCUUCUACUACCGAAAACCCUACUGCUACUCUUUCAAUCAAUGGUACUGCAUACCAUUUAUCGCAACUAGAACAUGACACCGUUUUCAAGCCAUAUACAUCUCUAGCUCCCUAUUUCUUAUAUCAAGAACUGUUUGUUUCUAUUUCUCUUCUCAUAAUGCUGGCCAAAUGGGGAUCACUUAUUGGAACUGCAACAGGUUUUAGCAUCGCUGUUUUCAGGGGAUGGCGUAUUCCAGGGACAAUCGGCAUAAGCAUUUUGGGCUUGACUGUCGGCCAAUUCGUCGGUGUCGGGCUUGGCAUAAAAAACUAUUUCCGCAACAUCAACAAUCUUCCUCCAUCACCACUUUCAAUCGCUUUACGCGAAGUCUGUUCAAGCCGCAACAAAAAAGAAAUCAAUGACAAUACAACUCUUUUAUUCGAAUUUGGACCAGUAACGGCAUCAUGGGAUAGCAAAAAGCUGCCAGAGAAAUACAAGAGUGAGUGCGGCCGUUCAUCGACAAACAAGUAUGGCGAUUCCACCAUCCAUGAAGAUCCAAAAUGA